AUGUUAUUUUGUAAUUACGAAGUUUAUGUUAUACAGGAAGUAGAGAAUAUUGUACCUGGUGACUGCAAAAACGAAAUAAAUUGCGUAGGAGAAACUCCGGAAGUGGUAUUCCAUAAGUCCCAUAAGAAACUUGUUAUAGAAGGUGAGAAAUGGAUGAAGGAAGCAGCGACAUCAUGCAUAGUAGCCGCAACAGUGACUGCCACACUAGUUUUUCAAGCAGCGUUCAGUGGAACUAGUGGCUACGAUAAAUUGAGUGUGUUCAUGACAUUUGGGUUUUCAGAUGCACUCUCCUUGUUCUCAUCGAUUGCGGCCGCCAUAAUAUUCAUGUCCAUCAUCACUGCACGCUACAAACAAGAUGAUUUUCUUGAGACCCUUCCCAGAAAGUUCAUAUUGGGAGUUGUUAUCAUGUUCAUCUCCAUAACAUCAAUGAUGGUAGCGUUUGGCACCACUGUUUAUCAGAUUUUCUAUGAGAAAAAGGCAUAUUUGAUGCUUGGUUUAGUGGGCGUAUCAGCCUGUUCGCUCAUGCUCUUGUUUAUGGCUUCGCAAUUUUCCCUCAUAUGGCACAUGUUCAUUUACACCUAUCGGCCUGGCCUUUUCCGCAGACAAGCAAAGUCAAAGUGA